UGUUGGAGCUGUGUAGAGUGGAAUAGUCGCGGUUGUGGGGUACGUAUGUCGACAUCAUAUGUGAUGUCGCGGUGGGAACGCAGUCGAGGCGAUUUUCCGUACAAGUCCAGUAACGAAAACAAUCUUCGCGUUGAAUUUGAAUCGCUGAGAUAUCACUGAGCUGAGGAUCCAUUGCGUAGCGUAGUGUGAUAACGAAGUACACGAUAUGUGAUUGGCCUUCAGAUACUAACCGGCAUGCCUGCAACUCAAUUUCUCUAGAACUGGCCAAGAAUUCCACCUAAUUUUUGGGGACCAGCGUCGUCAAACUGAGCAGAAGAACCUCAAGAUCAAGAAGUACGUGGAAAACUUGAAUAAAAAUCUUUCUUAGCGUCAGUCGGUUUCGUCGGUUUGAUCGGGCAGCGAUCUCUCUGAAAGCGCAAUGCUCGCCAUCGCGAACGCGUAGCCUCCUACCCAGUGCCUGUGUCGUAAAAUGCCACAUUUAAAAAUAAUUCCAUUAUGAAUUUUUAUCGCCACUAUUGGUUGUGUUGUUUGUGUUGCUCAUUGGGAAGCCAUCAAAAAGUGAUCGAUGGAGAAAUGUGUUGUAGAAAUCUGAUAAAAAUAUAUGCGGCAGUGUUUAUCGGGAAGUAACGCAAAAAAAUCUAGAUUCAAUUAAGUUCAGUGCUGAAAUAGUGUUUGCUCUGCAGAAGCAUGAGAAAUUGUUUCAAUCUGAAUAAAUUUGGAAGCUGGUCAGCCAUGGAUAGCCGAAACAGACGCCUGCAGUAGCUCUAGCCAGAGAUACCAGCGCUUACAGACAGAUCUAAAUCAACAAUAACACUAAACAUCUUCUACUCGGAAACGGUGCGGACAAAUCCGAUUGAGUUCGGCCUGUAAGGCUGAAAGAUCAGUCGACGGUCACCAGAAUGUUGAACAGUGCGGAUGGGACUCCACUGGGGUCCAACUCUAAGUGUUAUGAUUGCAAAGACCAGAAAACCUCACAUCAGCCCCAAUUUUCAUUUGUCAAGUGGAUUAACCUUUUUAGCAGUAAUCCACCUGCGAAAUCGAAUAACUCUGAGUCAAACAGCGGUUCCAGUGAUACUUCAGAAGAAGAUACAUAUCGUGGAGUCGAAGGGCUAAGACAGUUUUGGGAUAGUCAAGUUGCUGCCACCAAAGAUAGCAAACAACGGAAAGCGGCUACAUUAGGUGGAGCAUACACGAAAAGAUCUGCUUCCCAAGAACAGGCCAGUGAAUGUGAUUCCGACCUGACACCACCCAAACGGUCACAAAGUUUCUACGACGGCACGAUUGAAGCACCUGAAAGUCACAUAAAUGACGACAACUUCUACAAAUACAAAACUGCUUCGUCGAAAAAGCGGUCAACACUUAGUUCAUUAAGCGAUCUCAGGCAAGCCCAUUCGUUCGGAGUGAAUUUCCCCCGUGUUGCGGGUACUGCAAAGGGUGAGAAAAUUCACUGGGUGAGAAGAGAGGACAUUUUUGCCAAUCGAAAGCGUAGAGAUUCCAGAAAUUCCAACUUAGAUGACAAAGAAUCCGGACCAGCAUCUCCAGCAAAAUUAUCAAGUAAAACAGCCAGAACAGCAGCAACAACUCCGAACAAAAACACAUGCAUUAUCAGUAAAGAUAACGAGGAGGAGAUAAAAUCAUCGAGUGGCACUGAAAAUAAAGAAAACAACGAAAUGGCGAUAAAAAGCUCGUCAGUUGAUAAGCGCGAUAGCGCUGGCUUCGGUAGCGUCAGCAAUGGAGGUCGAAGCCAAAGCGGCGGUUCCACUAAUUCCCUUAGUAGCGAGUCACCUGUACGUAAAACAAACGCAACUUCGCGAAAGUGCAGUUUCAAAACGCAUUCGAAAAACUACUACGCGCCGCGAAAAAUGACAAGCGGUAGCAAGGUGGCCGCCCUGACGCAUCGUUUCAAUCAGUUAAUUCAACAAGAUGCCGCCAUCUUGGAGGAGGUGAAACGAAAUAAUGGAAUCCUCAUAGCGACGUCAGGGCAUGUAUAUAAAAUCAAAGAAAGUGUGGGGGAUACGAAAAUGAAAAAGGCGGGCAAAGGAAGUGGCACUGAUGACGAAAUCUCAUCAAUAAAGAGUGGUAGUCGAAAGAAGUUAAGUUUUAAGAAGCGCGCAGGUACCCCAACAAAGCAACAGAAGGCGACAAGAGAAGUAUCGAAUAAGACUCCCAGAGAGACCAGUUCUGCGUCCGGUUCAAUGACGGUUAAGGAGACAAUUAGGAAAUUCGAAACAAACAACCAGAGCACCCAAAUCGAAACGAACAAACAAACAGACAGGACAGAAACGCUUUCGCACCAAAGUAAAACUUCCCAAAAACCUAAAGUUCCUUCAAAAAGCGAAAUAGUUUUGCAGCGAACAAAAGAGGUAGCACUUAGAAAUAGUUUACGUAAGAAUAAGAUGCACAUAAGCACUGCCGAAAUCCGCGUAUCAGCCGCAAGUCAAGUUUUGGCUGAGAUUCAAGAAGAGGAAAAACCAAUCCCAUUAGAACAAUCUGCCCCAAAGACUGACGAAAUAAGUGUAGUGCCAUUACCGGAGGACCAAUCGGUACCAGAAGCAACAAUCUCUAAAUCCUUCACGGAGGAGGUACUUGAGUUGGCAUUUGAGGCAGUAGAGGCUACAGAGGCCAUAUCAGUUGCUACUGCUGAGGCUCCUCCUGUUCAAGCUUCUUCCUCUGCAGACGUUUCUGCCGUUCCGGCUGAGGUUUCAACUCCGAUUCGUCAAUCAACUCCCGAACGGGAAGAAAACCAGACAAAGAAGCGCAAAUACGCUCGCCUAUAUGAAAAGUUCCGAUUUAAAUCACCGUUCUCUUCAAAGAAGUCGGCCCUUGUAAUCUCACCCAUCGCAACGUUGACUGAUUCCUCCGAGGCAGCACCAGAUCAGAAAAUCGUGGAUGCUUUAGAAACAGUCAAUAAGAAAUUGGAACAUCUUUCAAAGAGUACGAAUGACAUCUGUCAACUGAGCGAGGAAGAUCGUCUUUAUCAACAGAUGACCGCAAAAAUGAAACCAAACGAUUCUUUCCUGUUUCGGAAUAAUUUUAGAAUGAAUAAUAGCUUUUUGGAGGCUAUAAAAGAUGGUGAUCCUGAACGUUUGGUAGAAGCUGUGAAUACUCGCCUCAUUAACAAAACUCAGUCGAUGGACGAGAGUAGGUUCCCUAGUAUGAGGCUGAGACAAAUUUCAUUCGAAGAGCGGGACCUGUCGAGCAUAUUCCAGAAAACAGACGAACUUCUGUCUACAAUAAAAAGCACUGAAGAGACAACGGAUGAGUUAUAUGAACCAAUAGCAUCACCUGAGGAUAUUCAUCCUUGUGAAUUCGUUACGCCAAAGGUUGAACUUAAGGAACCAGUCAUUGAAGUGAAGGAGGAGAAUAUAUACCAAACAUUGACCGAAGUGAAGAAUGCGAUAAACUUGAAAGACUGCGAAAGCAUGCACAGUUACGAAUCAUACGCCAACUACGAAUCUGUGGAAGAUGAUCCAAAGCCAGAUGUUUCAGAAAACAGCUAUGAAAUAUGUGAUCCUCCUGAGCCGCCACCUCCACGUAAGCUAGAACCGGACAUCCGAAUAAGCAAUGAGCCUGGUGGUCAAACCCCGGCGCUUCCUCUGCCCAAAAGAAUAAUCAGCAAUGGGAACCUUACCCCUGCUGACAUUGACUACUCCAGGAUACCACCUCGACCACCAAAAUCGCCUCGUGUCGAACAUCCUGCCCUCCCUCAACCUCCGCCAGAGCGGUAUCGCAGCGCAGACAUUCCAUUGUGCCUUCAAAUGAAUUUCGAUUCUGAAGAUGACGUUGUUAACGAAGAAGAUGAUCCUGAGGAAAACAUCUACGAUACCAUCAAACAUUCUGAGAUCACUUCCCAUUGCUAUGAGAGUAUCACAUCCUCCUCGCCCACGUCAUCCAGCAAAGUGCAUGGUCAAAAGUCGCUUGAUACCAUAUCAAUGAUGUCGAAUUGUUACGAGAGUAUAAGUUCGUUACGGCGCAUUCCCGCGGGCCUUCAUCAUUCCGAUUCGAUUUCGACCUUGUCAUCGGAUCAGAAAACGAAUAGUUUGUACGGCAUGACCUUGGGUCAAACGGUCACACCGCCCAGUGAAGGGGCAAGUGAUAAUAGUGACGACUGGAUAACCGAUUUAUCGGACGAUGACGAUGUGCAGACACAGAGUAGGAUGCGGGGUGGAAGAAUUAAACAACAGUUCAUUGUGGUUCGAGAACGCGCUAAAUACCAUCGAAGUCCAGACUGGAGUAAAAAAGUACGAGAUCAACGAACGAACCGUGUCUCAGAGGAAAUAGACGAUGAUUCAGACCAUCUCUAUGAACCUCUUUGCCACAUAGGUCACGACGAUGAAAACGUCUCGGUUGGGUCGCGUCAAAAUGGCAAAGUACCACCGGCAGCAAACUCGCGAGCAAUGCAGUCAGAAAACAAUAACUCCGGCAAUUGUUAUUCAGAUGAAUACGAUGACUCCUUCAGCGACGAAGACACCGACGAAGAAGUGAAGAAGAAUGACAGCGGAGUGGAUAUAAGCAAUACACGACUGCCAGACCCACCAUCGACAACUAAUCAAGUCUAUGCGUUUGUGAAGAAAAUCAAAAACUUUGGUUCAUUAUCGAAAAGUCUCAGUAAAAUUUCAAUGAGAAAAUCGACCCCCAGUCCAAAGGCUGCCCCAACCACGCCAAACAACAAAUAUGAAAAUACUCAAUUCUAUGUAGACAAUGAUUAUCAAAAUACCAGUUUCGAUGGUCAACAAAAGACGCCGAAACAAAAAACCCCAAAGACACAAAAGAAGGGCCUAAAACUACCGAAAACACCAAACGAUGAUCCCUACGAAAAUACCGAAUUCCAUACGCCAAUAACGCCGAAAAUUCACACCAGCCAGUCAUCCCCGGAUGCCCAAUCUAGUCCCCUUAUAACACCAGCGAAUCUAAGUCAGUCCGACAAAUCUUUGUCUGAAACGGCAAACUCAUCAACCGACACUUUAACGCUAAAUCGGAAGAAAUCGAAAUCUGGAAAAAGUUUCAAAUCGAAAUUCCGAAAAAGUCUGGCAGGCACCACAGAAUCUAGUCUCACGGUUCCAAAUGCAUUCAACGCCACUCGAAGUACGUUUUACAUUUCGGAUUCGGUCGAUGUAGACUCUGGCAUCUUCGAAAAGACCAGUCCUAAUAGUGAACCAAAUCUAGUGACCACCAACGAAGAAAAGCCUUUGGUUGAAAAAACAUCCACGGUUGUUCGAAAGACUAAGAAAUCCCUAAGCAGUCCUGAACUUAAUCGAAGACGAACUACAAUAGGAAUUCGACCUCCAAAUCCCCCACCUCCGCCCCCAGUCGAUAAGAAGUCGUCCAAGCAAAAACAUGCAUCGACAACAUCAUGGUACACAGAAUGCGGUGUUUUUAAGCCGCCAACUUUAGGGGAUGAACUCUUGCUGAAAGAUUCACGAUCGGAUCGGAACAGUAACACAUCCUGGUAUGCAGAGGCUGGACUCUAUCAUACAAGCGGAGCAUCGGUGGCAAGUUCGAGUGGAAGUUCGGGUGUUUCGACAGGCGGAGAAGGUGGACCUGGUGAUGAUCACUCACAUAGCAUGUUCUUAAAUGAACCCCUGUACCAAAUAUAUUCGGCGGCUAAACUUCAGUCUAUAACCGACAUUGAGGAUCAGGAGUCAACUGAUGGCUACGAAGAGAUCGGGUUGAAUCGAUCAUCCACCGAUGGAAGGAAAUCAAAGCGGCCUUCCGCCUUCCAACUGAUCGGACCCCGCCAGGGACCUUCACGGACAUUGUGGAGUGAGAUACCCGAAGUGCAAACGAGCGGUAUUUUGGCCACGUUGAGUUCAGUGGAGAAGCGUCUUCAGGAAGCCAAAUUUGAAAUUCUCACGUCCGAAGCAAGUUACCUGAAAUCUCUGAAUCUCCUCAAGAAGCACUUUAUGGGACACCCAGCAUUCCGUGAUACCGCGAUUCUCAGUGGGAGCGAUCGCAAGACCCUUUUCUAUAGCAUCUUGCCCGUUCAGGAGUGCUCCGACAGACUGUUAUGUGAUUUAGAAAAUUGUUGGCAAGAUAACAUAAUGUUACUAGGCUUAAGUAAAAGUAUCUAUAAACAUGCCGAAAAGUAUUUCCAUGUCUACGUUUCAUACUGUGAAAACCAAGGAAAAAUGGAUAGAACGUUGAGGCGACUAAAGGAGGAGAAGGGAGUAUUCAGUCAGGAACUGGAGGUGUUGGAGAGUGAUCCGGAGUGUUGCAGUUUAAAUCUGCACUCGUUCUUAAUGUUACCAAUGCAGCGAAUAACUCGGCUUCCACUUCUCAUCGACGCCGUCUUUACUAAGCUUAAACCAGACGAUGAAGAGUAUGAGGAUUGGAAGCUAACACUAGGAAUCCUAAAUAAAAUCGUAACACAGUGCAAUGAAGCAGCGAAUCGCUGCGAGCAAGCUUAUGAGAUUGAAAGGAUAUCACGACAGAUUGAGUUCCCGUCGAAUAUCCGAUCCUUGGCCAUAGCCCCGGCUGGCAUAUCUGCUCCAGGUGCAAAGCCACGAUCACUGGUGAGGAAAGGAGAACUUGUACAACUGAUUUGGCGUGGUGACGAUGGCAAGCUCACGUUCGGGAAGAAAUUCAUCAAAUCAAAUAUUUUCGCAUUUCUUUUCACGGAUCUUCUGGUGCUCACCAAACGAAAGGGCGAACAGCAAUUUGUGGUAUUUGAUUAUUGCUUGCGUUCGAUGUUGACCGUUUCGUCGGGCGAUGUGAUCCCUCAGCUACCAACCAAAGAAGUAGCCCAAGCAGGAAAGAAUCUCAUUUUGAUGACUUUAUUGGAGAAUCAUGACGGGAAGACUGUUGAAUUGAUAUUAUCGUGUUCAUCAGUUUCCGAGCGACAGCGCUGGCUUGAGGCAACCAAGCCCUUAGAGUCCGAGGAUCCCAACGAGACACUCUACGAACAAUGGGACUGUCCGCAAGUAUUGGUUAAACAUGAAUUCACAGCGACUGAACCAGAUAUGUUGAGUCUGCAGCUCGGCGACGUUAUCAAUGUGAACCGUAAAAUGGUCGACGGUUGGUACCAAGGCGAGAGGAUACGAGACGGUGCGACGGGCUGGUUCCCUGGUAAUUUUACCGAAGAGAUCAACUCUGCACAUGUACGAGCAAGAAAUCUCAAGCAACGCUACAGAUUGCUAACCCUAACUGCAUCUUACAUAGAAUCACAAAGAAAAAAGUCUUAGAUAACCUUAGGUAACCAGACAUUCCCUUUUUGAUAUUCGAUUCAUCAAAUCGAAGUUGCUAUAUUGCAACGGCAGCCUUUGGACCUAUCUUCAACAUGGCCGGUAACAUGUAGUAUUCUAACAAAUUAACGAAUAUUGGGAAAACAGAAAUUGGUUUUGUGAUAGAAGUGAAGGAUGGCGUUAGGUGCCGGAAGGCACGACCAAUUGGUGCCCUUACUACUUAUGAAAACUUACUUUCAACUUAUCACUGUUAACGAGGAAUAUCAAGGGUAGGCCGGAUUGCUGCCCGGAUCUAUUAAAUGGAAUAUUAACCAUUAAAAUUCACUUAAUUUCUUUAUGAAUAUUUGUUCGUGUUUAAAUUAUGUCUUAGAUUUAUCAAGAAAGUGUAUAUAAUUAGUUUGUUUCGAAAUCGUCCUAGGAUUAUAGAUUUCAAUUUUUUGUAGAUGAAAUAUGUUUACGUUAUUUUAGAGUAGUUUCGUUCGAAUUAGUUUUUAUGUUAUUUAUAUAGCGCUAAAAUACAAUUGCAAAUAUUUAGAUGUAAUCUUAAAACAAAGAGAAAAGUGAAGUGAAUAGAAAUCUUUAUUUUGUUUUUGUUUUUGAAAGUGUUGAUAAUGUACCAUAAUAUGGAGAUGUGAAUAAACAACAGAGCAAAUAAUG